UUAUACCCAGUCGGAAAAUAAUUGCAUUUUGGCAAUCAUUUGUUGUUAUUAGCGUUCAUGACCAUGGCUCACGUGCUUGCUUCUGGAUUAGUCUCCUGGGUAGUAUUUUCUUCUUUUCUGUCUUGCUAUUUUAAUUCUUUUCCUUCAAACAGUAAAGAAUUGAACACGGGUGGCUGCACCAAUAGUCAUGGCCUUCGAGUCCUGUUUGGUCACCCUAUUGCUGAAGUGAGAACUGCAAAUAUGCUAGGUUGCAAUAUAGAGAAGAAAGAGAAAGAAAAGAAAUGGAAGGAAGAGAAGGAAUGGCUGUUUACAGACCGCAGUGGGGCUUUUUCUUCGGCGCUACAUUAGGCAAUCGGCGU